GGCGACCCGCCACCGCCGCCGGCCGAGGAGGAGCAGAGCAUCUCGGAGCGGCGCGAGGACCGCAAGCUGCAGGAGAUCGCCGGCAAGGACCUGACCGAGGUGGUGAGCCUCAAGGACAAACUCGAGUUCGCCCCCCGGGCGGUGCUGAACAGGAACCGACCCGAGAAGAGUUAAUGAAGCUGCGUGGGCAAACCUGGAGCCCUGGAGCGCGAGUCUGGCCAGCUGGGCUCGGCUGAGGGCCCUUCCUGGAGACUGGGGCUGACCGGCCUGCCCAGCUGUGUCCCUUGUCCUGAUGCCGGGGACUUCUCUGCCACCUGCACGUCUUCCACUGGACGCCCUCCAGCACCUGGCUAUACUUGAGUAAUCUGCUGUGCUCACUGCUGCUCCACACUCUCCCUGGGCCCUCUGGAGAGGUGACUGGUCAGGGUUUGCCCACCCAACGGACAUGCUCAAUAUACAGCAGCCAGGUCUCCUCUUAGGUGGCACAACAUGACGGGAAUGAUGCUCUGGAGGUGGAGCGUGUCUAAAGCUCAUCAGCUCCCAGCCUGUCCCCGUGCCCCAAAAUCUUUUUGGCCUGGUUCCACCCAGUUCUCGUCAGAUUUGGUUUCUUCCCUGGCACGAAAACAGAAGAGAUUUGUGUCUUGCCAAGCCAAGCUCUCUGGGGUGCGCCUGGGCCUGAGGGACAUGGGGUCAAGGGCUGGGCUAAUGGCAGGGGGGACGAGGAGGGCUUGCAGGUGACCUGCCAUCCUGCUUAUCAGCCUCUUGUAAACCCCAGACAUGCUUGCUAGAGAUCACAGCACCACGCUAGCAUACCUCUGCAGGAGCCUGAAUGACAAUGGUCCCUGCGUUGUCUGCAGGCUCUGCAGCAGGGGAAGAGGGUGCAGAGGGUGGCAGUCCCGGCCCUGCAUCUGUCAUGGGGUUGCAAGCACAGCUGUCACUUUGGGCCGGGCUGAGGCUGAUUGGAGAUGUGUAAAGAAAGGGAAGAACUCUCUGCCUUGCACAGAAACAGCCAGAUUAAACUACUGUGAGUCCUUGGG